AUGCCGGCCUUAUCACCACAAACAGUCAAGCUCCGCUCCCAGCUCCGCCUCCUAAUCCCACGAUUACGCAAUGCACAGAAGAAAGACACGGCCCUCUCUGUAGCGUCGCGCCGCGAGAUGGCUGACCUCCUAGCCGCCAAUCGAGAGCAGUCCGCCCGCAUCCGCGUCGAGAACAUCAUCCACACCGACAUCACCGUCGAGCUAAUGGAGAUCCUGGAGUUGUACGCCGAGCUGCUGCUGGCGAGAGCAGGCAUGCUGGAUCACCGGGAUAAGAUGAUCAAGGAGGGGCUGGUGGGCGGCAAGUCGGCAGACGAGGAUGCUGCUGCGGGAGGUGAGGGGGGCGGAGCGACGGGUCUGGAGGAGGCGGCGGCUAGUCUGGUGUACGCGGCGCCACGGCUGCCGCGGGAAGUGAAAGAGCUGGCGAUCGUGCGCGCCCUACUGGUCGAGCGCUUCGGCAAAGAGUGGGCCGUGAAAGUCAACGAUAACGAGGGCGGCGAGAUGGUGCCGCGGCGCGUCAGCGAGAAGCUGAAACUCGAGGUCCCGCGCGAGGCCCUCGUACAGGCUUACCUGGAGGAGAUUGCGAGGGCAUACGGCGUGGAUUGGCCGCGGCGAGAUGACGCUCUUGAGGAGACGCGCGGAGAGGUCGAUGAUGAGAUGGACGACGAUGACGAUAUCGACGAUGGCGGCGCUAAAGAGCAGCCUAUCCUCGCGGACGGCGCAGCACAGCAGCAACGGCCACCUAGCACCCCGGCCGGUAAGGGGCCGGGCAGAGUCGACAUCAAAGGCCUGCAGCGCGCCACGCCGCCAACAGAUGUCACGCCGGGCGGUGCCAAGAGUCCCAUCAGCGUGGCGCCACCGGGCGCGAGGAGUGACAAUCCCAGUCCGAAGGUGAGGUUGCCGGGUGGAGGUGAGGCCAAGCCUGGUGGAGCUGCGAGUGGCAGGCCUGCUGCGCCGGUCAAGAAGGCGAGUGCUGGUGCUGGUGCUGGUGGGCCGGGAGGGAGCGUGCCGACUGUGGAUGACCUGGCGAAACGAUUUUCGGCUUUGAAGCGGUGA